CAUCAGGUAUCCCCAUCAGAGUACCCCCUUACAUCAAGGUGUCCCCAUCAGAGUGCCCCCUUACAUCAGUUGUCCCCAUCUGGGUACCCCCUUACUUCAGGUGUCCCUUUCAGCAUGCCCCCUUUCAUCAGGUGUCCCCAUCAGAGUGUGCCCUUACAUCAGGUGUGCCCAUCAGAGUACUCCAUUACAUCAGAUGUCCCCAUCAGAGUGGCCCCUUACAUCUGGUGUCCCCAUCAGCGUGCCCCUUACAUCAGUGUCCCCAUCAGAUAUGUGUCCCCAUCAGAGUGCCCCCUUACAUCAGAUAGUCCCCAUCAGAGUGCCCCCUUACAUCAGAGUACCCCUUACAUCAGAUGUCCCCAUCAGAGUGCCCCCUUACAUCAGGUGUCCCCAUCAGAGUACCCCCUUACAUCAGAUGUCCCCAUCAGAGUGCCCCCAUUACAUCUGUUGUCCCCAUCAGAGUACCCCUUA